AUCCUAUGUGCUGAACGUUUACUUCUGACACAAGCCGGUGUUAGACAACCUGCAGCCUGGCUGUGUCUGCCAGUAGUUUGGAAGCUCUUCGGAAGAGUGACAGGAAGGAGCUGAAGAGCUGAGAGGAGGAAGGACAGAGGAACCAAUGUCUCCUCCACGUCUGACAGGAGCUCUCCGCUCCUUCUCUAAUGUCAGUAAGAAGGAGGAUCCUGUUGAACAGCUUUAUGACCUGAAGACAAAGAGACUGAAGCGACAGGAGCUGUUUGCCAGGGAGGGGCUGACCUGGCAGAAGAUUGUCCACUUCUGCUCUGAACAUCAGGACAAAGCUGCCAGUCAGGAACUGAAGAGCCUGCUUCAGGCAGCCAAACAGAUUGUUGGUGCAGAUCACGGUCAGGAAGCCAUCGAAUGUGCUGCUGUCUUUCUGUUUGAGACCUUUCAUAACAAAGACCAUGUUGGCACCGAGGAGACCCGCGCCAUCAAGCAGAUGUUCGGCCCCUUCCCGUCUUCCGCUGCCGAAGCCUCCUGCGCUUGCGUGGCUCGGCUGGUGGCGCCGCUCGGUGACUCCAGAGUGGAAGACUUCAUCCAAACCCAGAGUUCUCGUCACAGCGCCCAGAGAGGCUCCUCCUUUGGACGCAACAUUGCCUUCUCAUAUGACUUUUAUUCACUUGACCCACUGGAAGACCUUCAGGAGUCUGAGAGAGUGGAGCAACACUUUAUCAACUUUCUCAGUAAUCAGCAGAGCGGAAAUAAGUCCACCGGUGAGGAUGAAGUCUCCCGCUCUGGAACACAUUCUGGCUCUGGGGAUGGAUCUGUCCUUCAAAGAGAAGUGGAGAAAUAUCUGGAAGGAGGGAACAUGAUUUCGUCCAACCCAGAGGAGUUGUGCACCUCCUUGUUUGAGAUGCUGGCCUCCCAGAGGAGUGAUGAUGAGCUGCAGAACGAGCUUUUUGAACUGCUGGGACCGGAGGGCCUGGAGAUGAUCUCCGUCCUGCUACAGCGCAGGACAGGGAUCGUGGACGCCUUCCUCUCCGUUCCAGAUGAAAGGACUGUUUACGCUCCAGAUGUGAGCAGAAAGGUCAGCGGCGAAAUGAGCAAGCCUGCCUACGGCUGCCAGGUGACCAUCCAAUCCGAGAAGGAGAAACAAAUGAUGAAAAUUUACCGCCGAGAAGAAAAGCGAGAGAAAAAGAGAGCCAAAGGAGGCGAUGAUAGUGACUUCUCAGAGGUUGGGGUAACCUUUGACCCCAAAGAGAUGAGAGCUCAGCGAGAGCAGGCCCUGCUGAAUGCACGCUACGAACCCGUCCUCACCAGAGAAAGAGUUUAUGAACGGAUCCGAUACCCCAACGUCUACGACAGCUAUGCAGAAGCAACGAAAGCACCGGCCUUCGUUGGAGGAGCCAGGCUGCUGUUACCAGAGGGAAUCCACAGAGAAAACAACAAGAUGUUUGAAGAGGUGGAGAUCCCCCCCAGUGAACCCAUGGCUGUCGGCUUCCAGGAGCGGCCCGUCUACAUCUCCGAACUGGAUGAGGUGGGGCAGCUGGUGUUUAAGGGAAUGAAGCGUCUGAACAGGAUCCAGUCCAUAGUGUUUGAGACGGCCUACAACACCAACGAAAACCUUCUGAUCUGCGCUCCCACUGGUGCCGGCAAGACCAACAUCGCCAUGCUGACGGUCCUGCAUGAGAUCCGUCAGCACCUGCAGCCUGGUGGCGUCAUCAAAAAGGACGAAUUCAAGAUAGUGUACGUGGCUCCAAUGAAGGCCUUAGCAGCUGAGAUGACUAAUUAUUUCAGUAAGCGUCUGGAACCCCUGGGCAUCACUGUUAAAGAACUCACCGGAGACAUGCAGUUAACCAAAGGAGAGAUCCUUCGAACUCAGAUGUUGGUGACCACGCCGGAGAAGUGGGACGUGGUGACCAGGAAAAGCGUCGGCGACGUGGCGCUCUCUCAGAUUGUCCGUCUCCUGAUCCUGGAUGAAGUCCACCUUCUACAUGAAGACCGAGGGCCGGUGCUGGAGAGCCUGGUGGCGAGGACCAUCAGACAGGUGGAGUCGACCCAGAGCAUGAUCCGGAUCCUGGGGCUGUCGGCCACUCUGCCAAACUACCUGGACGUGGCCGCCUUCCUGCACGUCAACCCCUACAUCGGCCUGUUCUUCUUCGACAGCCGCUUCAGACCCGUGCCUCUCGGACAAACCUUCGUUGGCAUCAAGACCACCAACAAGAUCCAGCAGCUCCAUGACAUGGAAGAGGUUUGUUACAACAAAGUCCUGCAGCAGAUCAAAGCCGGUCAUCAGGUCAUGGUGUUUGUUCACGCCCGCAAUGCCACAGUGAGGACAGCGUUCAGCUUGAUAGAGAUGGCCAAGAACAGAGGAGAAAUUUGCUUCUUCCAGCCGGACCAGGGCCCAGAGUACGGCCAGUGUGAAAAACAGAUCCAACGCUCCAGAAACAAGCAGAUGAGGGAAAUGUUCCCAGAAGGCUUUGGGAUCCACCACGCCGGCAUGCUACGCUCCGACCGCAGCCUGAUGGAGAGCAGCUUCUCCAAAGGCCACCUGAAGGUGCUGGUCUGCACCGCCACCCUGGCCUGGGGGGUCAACCUGCCGGCCCACGCCGUCAUCAUCAAGGGAACUCAGAUCUAUGAUGCAAAGCGUGGCACUUUCGUGGAUCUGGGAAUCCUGGACGUCAUGCAGAUCUUUGGCCGAGCGGGUCGACCUCAGUUCGACAAAUACGGCGAGGGAACCAUCAUCACCACCCACGACAAGCUGAGCCACUACCUGACCCUGCUCACCCAGCAGAACCCCAUCGAGAGUCAGUUCCUGGGCAGCCUGGCCGACAACCUGAACGCUGAGGUUUCCCUGGGGACGGUGACCAAUGUGGAGGAGGCUGUGAGGUGGCUCAGCUACACCUACCUGUACGUCCGGAUGAGGGCCAACCCUCUGGCCUACGGCAUCAACCACAAAGCCUUCCAGAUGGAUCCGGCUCUGGAGCUCUACAGGAAGGAGCUGGUGGUGGAGUGCGGCCGGAAGCUGGACAAGGCCAGGAUGAUCCGCUUUGAGGAGCGCACCGGCUACUUCGCCUCCACGGACCUGGGCAGGACCGCCAGCCACUUCUACAUCAGAUACAACACCAUAGAGACGUUCAACGAACUUUUUAACUCUCAGAGGACUGAAGCAGACAUCCUGAGCAUCGUGUCCAAAGCAGAGGAGUUUGAUCAGCUGAAGGUCCGCGACGAAGAGAUGGAGGAGCUGGAGAUGCUGUCGAGCUACUGCCACCUCGCAGCAGCAGGGGGGGCGGAGAACAGCUACGGCAAAGUCAACAUCCUGCUGCAGACCUACAUCAGCCGGGGAGAGGUGGACAGCUUCUCGCUCAUCUCCGACCUCUCCUACGUGGCCCAGAACGCGGCUCGGAUCGUCCGGGCGUUGUUCGAGAUCGCCCUGAGGAAGCGCUGGCCCGCCAUGACCUACCGCCUGCUGAAGCUCUGCAAGGUGAUCGACAAGCGACUGUGGGACUUCGCCCACCCGCUCCGCCAGUUCCCCACCCUGAGCCCCAGCGUCCUCAACCGCUUGGAGGAGAAGAGGCUGACUGUGGACAAACUGAAGGAGAUGAGGAAGGAUGAGAUUGGCCACAUGCUGCACCAUGUCAACGUCGGAGUGACCGUCAAGCAGUGCGUCCACCAGAUCCCCGCCCUCACCAUGGAGGCCAGCAUCCAGCCAAUCACACGCACCGUGCUACGCGUGCGCCUCCUCAUUACUCCUGACUUCCGCUGGAACGACCAGGUCCACGGGUCUGUGGGGGAGCCUUGGUGGCUGUGGGUGGAGGAUCCCAUCAACGAUCACAUCUACCACUCAGAGUACUUCCUUCUGCAGAAGAAGCAGGUGGUGACCAAAGAGCCUCAGCACAUCGUCUUCACCAUCCCCAUCUUUGAGCCGCUGCCCUCGCAGUACUACAUCAAGGCGGUGUCAGACCGCUGGCUGGGCGCUGAGGCUGUGUGCAUCAUCAACUUCCAGAACCUCAUUCUACCUGAGAGGCACCCCCCACACACCGAACUGCUGGACCUGCAGCCGCUACCUGUGACCGCUCUGGGGAACCGCGAGUUUGAGAGCCUCUACAAGUUCACCCACUUCAACCCCAUCCAGACGCAGAUCUUCCACACCCUCUACCACACCGACACCAACGUCCUGCUGGGGGCGCCAACAGGCUCCGGGAAAACCAUCGCAGCUGAGCUGGCCAUGUUCCGCGUCUUCAACAAGUAUCCGUCCUCUAAGGUGGUCUACAUCGCUCCUUUGAAGGCUCUGGUGAGGGAGAGGAUGGAAGACUGGAAGGUCCGGAUUGAGGAGAAACUGGGGAAGAGAGUGGUGGAGCUGACGGGGGACGUGACUCCGGACAUGAGGGCCAUAGCACAAGCUGACCUCAUCGUCACAACGCCGGAGAAAUGGGACGGAGUGAGCAGGAGCUGGCAGAACCGGAGCUACGUCCAGAAGGUGGCCAUUCUCAUCAUCGAUGAGAUCCACCUGCUGGGUGAGGACCGAGGCCCCGUGUUGGAGGUCAUUGUCUCCAGGACCAACUUCAUCUCCUCCCACACCUCUAAGAGCGUCAGAGUGGUGGGUCUGUCUACGGCUCUGGCCAACGCUCGGGACCUGGCUGACUGGCUGGGAAUCCAACAGGUGGGAAUGUUUAACUUCCGUCCCUCUGUGCGUCCCGUCCCGCUGGAAGUUCACAUCCAUGGUUUCCCAGGACAGCACUACUGUCCCCGCAUGGCCAGCAUGAACAAGCCCACCUUCCAAGCAAUCCGCAGUCACUCACCAGCCAAGCCGGUGCUGAUUUUUGUGUCGUCCAGAAGGCAGACCCGUCUAACGGCUCUGGAUCUAAUCGCCUACCUGGCCACAGAGGACAACCCUAAGCAGUGGCUGCACCAGGAUGAGAGAGAGAUAGAGGCCAUCAUCGCCACUGUGAGGGACUCCAACCUUAAGCUGACCCUGGCCUUUGGGAUCGGCAUGCACCACGCAGGCCUUCAUGAGAGGGACAGGAAGACAGUGGAGGAGCUGUUUGUCAACUGUAAGAUUCAGGUUCUGAUUGCCACCAGUACUCUAGCAUGGGGAGUAAACUUUCCCGCUCACCUGGUGGUCGUCAAGGGAACCGAAUACUACGACGGGAAAUCCAGACGCUACGUGGACUAUCCCAUCACAGAUGUGCUGCAGAUGAUGGGGCGAGCUGGACGUCCUCAGUUUGAUGACCAGGGCAAAGCCGUUAUCCUGGUCCAUGACAUCAAGAAGGAUUUCUACAAGAAGUUUCUCUAUGAACCGUUCCCUGUAGAGUCCAGCCUCCUCAGCGUGCUGUCAGACCAUCUGAACGCUGAAGUCGCUGCUGGAACCAUCUCCUCCAAGCAGGAUGCCAUGGAUUACAUCACAUGGACCUACUUCUUCAGACGGCUGGUGAUGAACCCCAGUUACUACAACCUGGAAGACGUCAGCCAUGACUCCAUUAACAAAUAUCUGUCCGGCUUGGUGGCGAACAGCCUGCGGGACCUGGAAUGCUCCUACUGCAUAGAGAUAAAGGAGGACGAUCAGGCGGUGGAGCCCCUGACAUACGGACGCAUCGCCUCCUAUUACUACCUGAAGCAUCCGACCAUCCGGAUGUUCAAGGAGCAGCUGAGGGCUGAGCUGACGGCGGAUGAGCUACUAACUGUCCUCACGGAUGCAGAGGAGUACGCUGAGCUACCGGUCAGACACAACGAGGACCAGCUCAACAGCCAGCUGGCUCAGCAGCUCCCUCUGCAGGUCAACCCGCACUCCUUCGACAGUCCACACACCAAGACUCACCUGCUGCUGCAGGCGCACUUCAGCCACGCUCAGCUCCCAUGCAGCGACUACACCACCGAUACAAAGACUGUUUUGGACAACGCCAUCCGUGUCUGCCAGGCCAUGCUGGAUGUAGCUGCCAACGAGGGCUGGCUCAUCACUGCCCUCAGUAUCUGCAACCUGGUGCAGAUGAUCGUCCAGGGCCGCUGGCUGCACGACUCGUCGUUACUGACCCUUCCUCACGUGGAGCAGCACCACCUCUAUCUGUUCAGGAAGUGGGCCGUUAAAAGAGGAAGGAGUGAUGCUGAGGGCUUCAGCGGGGCGGUGGAAGGACUCCCUGAGCUCAUUGCCGCUUGCAGCGGUAAAGAAAGCGUUUUCUCCGCCAUCGUCAGCCAGGAGUUUACUCCAAGUCAAACGCAGCAGGCGUGGUCCUUCCUGAGUCACCUCCCGGUUCUGGAGGUCCAGAUGAGCGUGAAGGGCUGGUGGGAGCAGAGCCAGGAGCAGACGGAGCGACCCCUGCCUGCAGGGGGCGCUAACCUGAGAGAGGAGAGCAGCUGGUUGGACGUCCACGCGGAUCAGGAGUACGUCCUGCAGGUGGCGCUGCGGCGCAUUAAUCUGGGUCAGCAGAGGAGGAAGCAGGACAGUAAGGCCCAGGCUCCCAGGUUCCCCAAGGCCAAGGAUGAGGGCUGGUUCCUGAUCAUGGGGGAAGUGGACCGGAAGGAGCUGCUGGCCGUCAAACGGGUCGGAUACGUCCGGAAUCACACGGCCGUGUCUGUGGCCUUCUACACUCCAGAGAAGACUGGAAAGUGCAUCUACACGCUGUAUGUGAUGAGCGACAGCUACCUGGGUCUGGACCAGCAGUAUGACAUCCACCUGAACGUCAGGCCUGCCAGCAUCUCCGCCCAGGUCAACACAGAGGUGGUGGACUCAGUGAGCGGGUUGUCCCUCAGCUAAAGACCAGCAGCAGAGUGGUCUUCAUCCAGCUCCUCCCUUCAGAAGGAGCUGUAGCUCCUGUUAGCAUCGGCCCCAUGUCAGAACUUGAUCUGCUGAAACUGAAGGCAUGAAGCUGGAGAGGAACUCAAUCCUUCCCUGUUUGGUUUACUGGAUAGAAAAAUAAAACAGAAAUCUGGUUCUUUAA